GAAUUAAAAUGGAGAGGAAAGUUUCAGGACUGUGUGGCUGAAACAGAGGCGCAAUUGCAAAAAGAAUCCACUGCUGGUUAUAUCGGCUUUGAUCCUACUGCAAGUUCGCUACAUCUAGGGAAUUUUCAGCAGAUAGUCCUUUUGAAAAGAUUACAACUAGCAGGGCAUAAACCAAUAGCACUCAUGGGCGGUGCUACCGGCCGUGUGGGAGAUCCUAAGAUGACAGGGGAGAGAACUCUUUUAUCUAUCGAUGAAAUCGAUGCGUAUAUAGCUAGUCAAAAGAAACAGUUAGAAAAAUUUAUAGAGUUUGGAACGGGAAAGAACGAUGCCAUCAUGGUCAAUAAUUAUGAUUGGUUCAAAGAUUUUAGUUUUCUAGAUUUCAUUCGAGACGUCGGUAAGCAUAUUACGGUGAGUUACAUGAUGAGUAAAGACAGUGUGCAGAAUCGUUUGGAAUCUGGUAUUUCUUUUACAGAAUUUACCUACCAAUUGAUACAAGGGUAUGACUUUUUGCAUUUGUAUAAAAAUUAUAAUUGUAAGCUUCAGUUAGGCGGCAGUGACCAAUGGGGCAAUAUCACCACAGGAGUAGAGCUUGUCCGAAGAGUGCUAGGGGAGAAGGUCUAUGCUAUUACUAGUUCGCUGGUGACUAAAUCUGAUGGCACUAAAAUGGGAAAAUCAGAAGCUGGAGAGAAUAUUUGGCUAGACCCAAAACAGACAUCGCCCUAUAAGUUGUAUCAAUUUGUCUUGAAUAGAACCGAUGAAGAAAUUCUCAAUCUCAAUCGAAGAUUUUCAUUCAAAGGAAAGGAAGAAAUUGAGGCUAUGGAGGCUGAAUUCAAAGCGGCACCACAUUUACGAAGUAUUCAUAAAUCGUUAGGUCAGGAACUGACAACUAUGAUUCAUAGUGAAGGAGAAUACCAGCAGGCGAUAGCGCUCAGUGAUUUGUUAUUUUCCGGAGAUAUAGAGACUUUGAAAGCUACAGACUAUGAUGGACUCAAAGAAGUUUUUGGUGGAUUGAAGCAGUUUACAGUAUCUAGAGAUAAAUUGAGCCAAGGUAUAGAUAUUACAGAGUUCUUGGUUGCAGACACCCAGAUAUUUCCAUCGAAUGGUCAGGCGAGACAAAAACUAGGCGAGAAUGCUAUCAGCAUCAAUAAGACAAAAGUUGCAGGUGACUGUAAAGUGACUACCCAAGAUGUAUUGCAUGAAAAAAUGAUUCUAGUGCAGCAGGGAAAGAAGACAUAUUACUUUGUAGAAUUGGCACAGGCAUCGGAAUUAAUAGAGAUUUUUUCGUUAGAUGAUUUGAAGCAACUAUUGCCACGAUUGGCGACUGAAAAAUUUAUGUUUCUAGGUGGCGGUUCUAAUGUUUUAUUUAUAAAAGAUUUUGAUGGUUUGGUUAUCGUGAACCGAUUGAUAGGUUUAUGCGCAGACCCUAUAAACGAGAAUGACAUACAUGUCACUGCGCUAUCGGGUGAGAAUUGGCAUGAAUUUGUGCUUUGGACAUUGGAUAGAGGCUUCUUUGGAUUAGAAAAUAUGUCUUUGAUUCCAGGUACGAUAGGUGCCGCUCCUAUGCAGAAUAUUGGAGCCUAUGGGGUAGAGUUUAAAGAUUAUUGUUUGUCCGUAGACGCUAUUGAAUUAGCUACAGGGGAGCUUAAGUCGUUUGAUUAUGCUGCCUGUGAUUUCGGAUAUAGGGAAAGUAUUUUUAAAAGGGCAAUGAAGGAUCAAUACUUUAUAUAUCAAGUACAUUUAAAAUUAUCUCGAAAUAGUCCUAUCCAUGCUAGUUAUGGAAAUAUUCAAGAUGUACUGAAUCGCAAAGCAAUCUUAUCUCCUAGCCAUCGAGAUAUUUCCGAUGCGGUCAUAGAAAUACGUAGUUCUAAACUACCUAAUCCAACAGAUCUUGGCAAUGCGGGUUCAUUUUUCAAAAACCCGGUCGUAGAUAAAGAGAAGGCAGAAAUAUUAAUCAAGGAAUAUCCAAAUGCUCCGAAUUUUCCAGAUGGAGACAAGGUUAAAAUACCUGCAGGCUGGCUUAUAGAGCAAUGUGGAUUUAAGGGAUAUAAGGAAGGUAAUGUAGGCAGUCAUAAAGAUCAAGCCUUGGUCAUAGUGAACUAUGGAGGAGCUACAGGUCAAGAAAUUUAUGACUAUUCAGAAAAAAUCAUAAGAGAAGUAGAGAAAAGAUUUAAAUUUGCCCUUGAAAGA